CCACCACCCGCUCCUCACCCCCCUCCGCACGAUCGCCCCAUCCUCCACCGGCAUGGCACAUAUAAAACGCAAGCCAAGCCGAGCGCGGCGCUCCCAUUUGAUCGGCGAUUCCGUGCCAAGUCAAAGUCACGCGAGGGAGCCACUCGGUAGAGAGAGAGAAAGAGAGGGCGUGGGGCGGCCGGCCGCGGCGUUGGGGGAGAAAUGGCGGCGGAGAGGGACAUCGACGACCUGCCGCGGAACGCGGCCAACUACACGGCGCUCACGCCGCUCUGGUUCCUCGAGCGCGCCGCGCUGGCGCACCCGGCCCGCGCGUCCCUCGUGCACGGCGCCCUGCGCUACACCUGGGCCGACACCUACCGCCGCUGCCGCCGCCUCGCCUCCGCCCUCGCGCGCCGCUCUGUCGGCCACGGGAGCACGGUGGCUGUGAUAGCUCCAAAUAUCCCAGCAAUUUAUGAAGCUCAUUUUGGAGUCCCCAUGGCUGGAGCAGUGGUCAACUGUGUCAACAUUCGAUUAAAUGCUCCCACUGUUGCAUUUCUGUUGGAGCACUCGUCAGCUGAAGUUGUGAUGGUUGACCAAGAAUUUUUCUCCCUGGCAGAGGAUUCUUUGAGGAUUAUAGCAGAUCAAAAGAAAGGUUCUUUCAAAAAGCCACUAGUAAUAGUUAUUGGUGAUCAUACCUGUGAUCCUUCAGCCCUCCAAGAUGCUCUGAGAACAGGGGCAAUCGAAUAUGAGAAGUUCUUGGAAACUGGAGACCCUGAAUUUGCAUGGAAACCACCGCAGGAUGAAUGGAAGAGCAUCGCCUUAGGUUAUACUUCUGGAACGACAUCUAGCCCAAAGGGUGUGGUUUUGCAUCACAGGGGUGCUUACCUAAUGUCACUCAGUGGUGCUCUUGUAUGGAAAAUGAACGAUGGCGCGGUUUAUCUGUGGACUUUGCCGAUGUUCCACUGCAACGGCUGGGGCUAUACAUGGACGCUUGCUGCUAUCUGUGGAACAAGCAUAUGUCUUCGUCAGGUCACAGCGAAGGCCAUCUUCUCAGCGAUAGCCAACCAAGGAGUGACUCACUUCUGUGGGGCGCCAGUUGUGCUCAACACCCUCAUCAACGCCCCUCCAGCUGACACCAUUCUCCCGCUGCCUCGCGUUGUGGAUGUCAUGACUGCUGGCGCUGCUCCACCGCCCUCAGUCCUUGCGGCAAUGUCGAAGCUCGGCUUCCGUGUCUCUCAUACGUAUGGCCUCUCGGAGACAUAUGGGCCAUCCACGGUGUGUGCAUGGAAGCCAGAGUGGGACAUCCUGCCAGAUGACGAGCGUGCCCGCCUCCAAGCUCGCCAGGGCAUUCGCUAUGUAGGCCUGGAGGGGCUCGACGUGGUCGACCCCAAGUCCAUGGCGCCAGUCCCAGCGGACGGCUCCACCCUCGGUGAGAUUGUCAUGCGAGGCAACGCCGUCAUGAAGGGUUACCUGAAGAACCCCAAGGCCAACGCCGAGGCAUUCGAAAACGGGUGGUUCCAUUCCGGCGAUCUGGGCGUUCGACACCCGGACGGCUACAUCGAGGUGAAGGACCGAGCCAAGGACAUCAUCAUUUCCGGCGGGGAGAACAUCAGCAGCCUGGAGGUGGAGAAGGCGGUGUACCUGCACCCGGCGGUGCUGGAGGCGUCCGUCGUGGCGCGGGCCGACGAGCAGUGGGGGGAGUCGCCAUGCGCCUUUGUCACGCUCAAGGACGGCGUGGACGGCUCCGACGAGGCAGCAAUGGCUGCUAACGUGAUCAAGUUCUGCCGCGAGCGCCUGCCCGGCUACUGGGUCCCCAAGUCCGUGGUGUUCGGGCCGCUGCCCAAGACGGCGACAGGUAAGAUCAAGAAGCAUGAGCUGAGAGCUAAGGCCAAGGAACUGGGCCCGGUCCGGAAGAGCAGGAUGUGAGCUAGGCUAAAACUCGUUGUGUCCUCGUCCAGAGCUGUCAGUUUGGCGUCGGUGUACUGUAUUCUUAGGACACCAUACUGUAUUUUGUUAUAUAUAUACGUAUCACGUAACUUCUGUACGAAUUAACGCCCUUGCUGAAUUGUUUCUUACUGGCUGCUUAUCGUGUGUAUGACGGAUGUAUAACAGUGAUGUAAGUCUUCUGCAACGCAGAGACGCGCUGA